AUGGCGACGCGAAUUCACGUUCGCAGCGGCCUCACCCAAUGCCUACUGCUGGCUAUGGGGAACCAAACCAGCGAGAGCACUUUGGUUCUGAAGAGCGGAAAGAUAAAUAGCUCCAACCAAAGCCCCGCCGACGCGCCCCCGCACGUCACUCAUCCUGCCUGGCACACUGGCACACUGGCGGCUCCGCGCGCGCUCCCCACGAUGGCGACGCAGCGGCGACACCUCGCUUUCCUCUCUGCACUGGCGCUGCUGGGAACAGUGGGAAUUCUGCUGACCGUCAUUCCCACCGAAGAAACGAAGGGCUCCCCUGAAAACAGGUAUGGGGUGGUUUUCGACGCAGGAUCCUCGCACACUUCCAUGUACAUCUACAAAUGGCCGGCUGAUAAACAAAAUGGCACUGGAAUCGUCUCCCAGCACAGCGAGUGUCACGUGGAAGGUGGAGGAAUAUCCAGCUACACUGGCUCACAUGGGCGUGCAGCACACAGUCUGGAGUCCUGUUUAAAACAGGCUAUGAUGGACAUUCCCAAAUCCAAACACCAUUCAACGCCACUGUAUCUUGGAGCCACUGCAGGCAUGAGACUAUUAAAUGAAACCAGUCACAUCGAGUCAGAGAAGAUACUGGAGGAGGUUGGUAGCAAACUGCGCUCCUAUCCUUUCAACUUCAGUGGGGCGACCAUCUUGAGUGGACAGGAGGAGGGCGCGUAUGGCUGGGUCACCGUCAACUACUUACUGGAGAACCUUGUUAAGUAUGGCUUCAUUGGGCGCUGGGUGAGGCCUAACAGAGAAACAGUUGGGGCUCUGGAUUUGGGUGGGGCCUCCACUCAGAUUACCUUUGAGACCCCAGAAAAGGUGGAGGACAAGAACAACGUCAUGGAGCUGAGGCUUUAUGGACGGGACUACCAACUGUACACCCAGAGCUUUCUGUGUUAUGGCAAAGACCAAGUCCUACGGAGGUUGAUGGCCCUGCUCAUCACGACUCAAGGCCUGGCCGGCACCUUGUCCCAUCCCUGCUAUCCAGCAGAUUUCAACACCUCCCUUCACCUGGGGAGGGACAUCUUUGAUUCCCCCUGUGUUGAAAAGUACAGACCAGCGUCAUUCGACCCCCAGCUGUCAAUAACAGUACAGGGCAGCGGGAACUACCAGUCCUGUUUGGGAAACAUAACACGGAUCUUCUCCUUUGACCGGUGUUCUUACUCCAAAUGCUCCUUUGAUGGCGUCUUCCAGUCCAGUGUGACGGGAAACUUCAUGGCAUUCUCAGCCUUUUUUUACACGCAACACUUGCUUCAGCGCAUCGCCGGCACCUCUAUCACACACCCAUGCCUUCUGAAAGAGGCAAACGACAAUGUCUGCAACAUGACCUUCUCUGAGAUGUUAAUAAAGGCACCAGACCAGAAGAAGCACCUGAAGGAUUUCUGCGCUAUGACCACUUUCAUGCAAGUGCUCCUGCUUAAGGGCUAUGGCUUUGAUGAGCUCUCCUUCCCGCACAUCUCUUUUCAAAAAAAGGCAGGGGACACGUCUGUUGGCUGGGCACUGGGAUACAUGCUGACUCAGAGCAGUCUGGUGCCAGGAGAGGACACCGCUCUGAUAAAGGCUCUUCCUCCAGGGGCCUGGGCUGGCAUCCUCUUCCUCUUUGUCCUCCUCCUCAUAGUGGUUUUGGGAUACUUUGCAUCCAUGACCUGUCAAAAGAAAGGUGAUGGACGUAUAAUAUAGGACUUGCAUCGUGAUAUUUCCGAGUUCUAUACAUAUUCAUUCUAAAGUAUGCUCUUGUCUGCCUUCUUCUUGAAACUGGUUCUGAGACAAAAAACACAUUUUGCAGGACCAAUUAGUUUAUAAGCAUUUUUUUUGUAUUUGAUUGCUUGUUUUCC